GGGGGAUAACUUUAGUUGACACGGACUCUGACAACACGCGGGUAACGAAGGAAUAAGAAAGAACAAGAUGACCUUACAUAUACUAUGACAAUGAACCUUGACCUUUCCAUUAGGAGCAAGGUCAUCCUGACCCUGGGUGUCCCAGCCACAUGCCUACUACUGUACUGGUUGCUAAGGAACCAAGAUGAGGAAGAUGACGACGAGGAUCAGCAAAGGGUCACAACUUCAAGACAGACAGUUAUUGAGGUCAUGGUCCCUUCUAAGGCUGUGGGGCCCCUGAUUGGCCGACAGGGAGCUAAUAUUAAAAAGCUGCAGAAUCAGACCGGAACAAUGAUCUGUUUCCGAGACGACUCGAAGCGUGAUUCAGGAGAGGACCGUGUCCUGGUGAUCAGAGGGUCAACCGACCAGGCACAGGAGGCGGAGCUUCUUGUCAGGAAAACAAUCAACGAAAUGCCUACAUUGCUUACAGAGGAGAUACAAGUACCAGUCAAAGCUCUCGGCAGAAUUAUAGGUAGAAAUGGAGACAGCAUACGUCAGAUCUCCCGGUCGUCAAACGCACGGGUAUAUAUAGACCGAGCACGAGAGGAGCCCCGUGAUAUCACCAAGAAAGUCUCCAUCAUCGGCAGUAGGGAGCAGAUAGAUAUAGCCAAGAGUCUCAUUGAAGAAAAGGUGGACGAGGAAGAAAUAUUCCGUGCCAAGGCAGCUGUGAUUGCAGCCAAUCGGGAACAGCGUAAUAAACAAGCUUCAGGAUCUAUACGUCGUACUGGGCAUGUUCUGACAAACGCAGAGAAGCAUUCUAAUGAUCAAGAAGGCAUUCCCACGAAUCCAUCAUCGCCACAGAAACAUGUUUCUUUGACGACACACGUUAAAGAAUGGCCUAAUAAAGAAUAUAUAGAAGUGUAUGUGUCGUCCGUGGCUGACCCACAACAUUUCUGGGUACAAAUCAUCUCAACCAAUGCAAUUCAUCUCGACGAACUGGUCCAACGGAUGUCCAGCCUUUACAACACUGACCACUACAAGAACCUGUCAGAUGAUCAGUACCUUGUCGGAGACUUCGUCGCAGCAUUGUAUGAGCAAGACAACUCGUGGUACCGGGCCCGAGUGAUGGGUAUAGAAGGGAGUCAACUGGACCUCUAUUUCCUCGACUAUGGUGAUAGUGGAUACUCACACAUCAGCAAUGUUCGUUUGCUCAGGGACGACUUCUUACUACUACCAUUCCAGGCUGUCCAGUGUUGUCUGGCCCAGGUCAAGGCCAAAGGUGAGGACUGGACUGAAGAUGACGUAAACCACUUUGAGGAUAUCACAUACGCUGCCAAGUGGAAGGUCCUUAUGGCAAAAAGGAUCGGAACAAAGUGCGAGGGGGAUGGUGAAACAACACAAAUUGUUCAGCUCAUAGACACAAACUCUCCUGUGGACAUUCACGUAUCACACGAGAUGGUCCAGUCUGGAUUCGCUGAAUGGGACAUAAAAUGAAUCCCAGAAACUGAAGAAACUGGAAUCUAAAGAGGUUUUUAAACUAAAUAUCCCGGCUGUGAUUUUCACAAUGUUUUAGGGUUUUGUAGCUUCACUUUUGGUCAGCUUUAAUUCAAGAUUGAGUUGUUCAUGUUUCAGUAAAGCUCUUGUUUAUGUUUACAGAGUCUAGUUGCGGUUGUGAAGAAGAUGAAACAGUUUUAAAACCAUAAAAGGAGUUUUUAUGUGAAAAAUGUUCAAUGACCAAAGGUUUUGAAAACCUUUCAGGGAAAUAAUUGUCUUCUAUGUUAAACAAAUGCUUUCAAAAAUGUCUGUUUCCUUUGUCAAGCAAAGAGUGUACACACACUGGCUUAGUGAGUUGAGGGGCCGCGGUGGCCAAGUGUUUAAGGCGUCUGACAUUCUGCUACCACUAGCCCUCCACCACUGGGUCGCGGGUUCGAGGCCUACGUGGGGAAGUCGCCAUGUACUGGUUUUUCUCAGGUAACUCCGGCUUUCCUUCACGGAUAACAAGGAUUGAUAGGACUGGGUCAUGAUGUCACAUUAAUGACAACAGAAUGAUGUCGUAAGAUUUAGGGAUUUAUCCUAUAUUAGCCUAAUGUAUCUCCAACCCAAAAGAGUUCGAAAUAUAAAACCUGGUAAAGUUAUGAUGAGAACACUAAAUUGUUCAUACUGUAGUUUAAUUAUGAUUUUAAUUCUGGUUUAAAGAAACCAACUGUUAUACCUUGUUUCUAUAUCCUUAUUUGCUUGAAGUUUUCAGUCAGCAUAUUAUGUAUAUUGUUUCAAAUGAAAAAAAUCAAAGUUAAAUAUAAUUCAAGGGGAAUAACUGACAUAAAUCAUGAUUUUUGUACAAUAUGACAUUUGUUCUUAUCAAAGUUUGAAAGGCACAGAAUAUCACUGUAUAUCAAUAAAAAUAUAUAAAUAUAUAUCAAAUAUAUGAUUUAAUCAGUUGUAGUGAUUGUAUGACUACUUUUCCUUCACAUAUAAAACAUGAACAAAAUAAACCUGUCAGAUCUGACACCCUGUGUAACACAACAUACUGGUUAGAGUAACCUGUAUAAUCUGACACCCUGUGUAACAUGACAUAUUGGUCAUAUUGACCUGUCUUAUCUGACACCCUGUGUAACACGACAUAUUGGUCAGAUUAACCUGUCAGAUCCGACACCCUGUGUAACACAACAUACUGGUUGGAGUAACCUGUAUAAUCUGACACCAUGUAUAACAUGACAUAUUGGUCAGAUUGACCUGUCUUAUCUGACACCCUGUGUAAACCAACAUAUUGGUCAGAUUGACCUGUCAGAUCUGACACUCUGUGUAAACCAACAUAUUGGUCAGAUUAACCUUUCAGAUCUGACACCCUUGUGUAACACAACAUACUUGUUACAGUAACCUGUAUUAUAAUCUGAAACCCUGUGUAACACAAUAUAUCAAUCAAAUCAGAUUUACAUUUGGGGUGGAGUGGGUGCAACUUCAUAGAGAAAAAAUGUAGUUAAUUUUGUUUUCUCAUAAGUGUGUUUAUUUGUGUGAGGGGUGGGGGAGCGAGGGAUGGAAGAGGAGGGAGUUGAAAGCUAAGGUAAA